AGUAGGUGAUGAAAGCGAGGAUCCCGAGUGAAAGAGAAAGAGGUAUAUAAGGUGGUGGACGCUUUGAGCUGGCAUCACACUCCACUAUGAAGCUUCUGAUACUCUGCUUCUGCAUGGCGGCGGCUGCUGACGCCGCCCCACAAUUCUACAAUCCACCUACUCCCUCUGUUCCAGGGUAUUCCUCUGGAUUCUCGUCGGGUAGAUCAGGGUUUUCGGGCAGCUCAGGGUUCUCGGGUGGCUCAGGAUUCUCGAGUGGCUCAGGGUUCUCGGGUGGCUCAGGGUUCUCGGGUGGCUCAGGGUUCUCGGGUGGCUCAGGGUUCUCGGGUGGCUCAGGGUUCUCAGGUAGCUCAGGGUUCUCUGGUGGUUCAGGGUUCUCAGGUGGCUCUGGCUCUUAUGGGGGUGGGGGAGGUGGGGGCAGCUGUGGUCCUGGACAGGUCCGUCAUGUGGACGGCAGCUGUGUGACUCCUCAGGUCACUCGCAACUUGUAUGUGUACACCGUCCCUCCAGCAGCUCCAGUAGUGGGUCCACGACCUUACGUUCCGCCACCAAGAGUUGAACACAAUGUUAUCUUCAUUCGCACCCCAGAGAACGGCCCUGGCCAGGAACCCAUUGUCGUGCCACCACCACAAACAAGGAACGUCGUGUACGUCCUCAACAAGCGACCUGAAGGAGACCAGCAGGUCAUCCACGUACCAGCACCAGAACAAGAGACUCCUGAGGUGUUCUUCAUCAACUACGGUGAGGGAGACAACCCAACUCUGCCCACCGGCGAGGACCUCCAGUCUGCCCUCAACUCUGCUACCCAGGGUGGCGGCAAUGUCAUUGGUAGCACCGGAGGCGGUAUUGGCGGUGGGUCUGGUAUCAUUGGUGGUGGUAGCAGGGGCGGCGGCGGCAUCAUUGGCGGUGGCGGCGGUGGCAUCAUUGGUGGUGGAGUCGGCGGCGGCGGCGGCAUCAUCAUUGGUGGUGGCGGCAGCGGCGGCGGCGGCAUCAUUGGUGGUGGCGGUGGUGGUUACAGUCCUCCCUCAUCAUUGUAUUCACAGCCAUAGUCACGGUCUUUAUUCCUCUAUAUUGAUGUGAAUAAUUUUGUCAAGUGACUGCAUCUAUCCUCUCCAAUAUGUUGAUCAUUGUUACAAAUUAAUUCAGGCUCAGUUGAUUUCCUUGAAUUACUGAUUUAUUUUUGUUUAUUAAAAUGUUAUAAAAAUAAAUGGUUGUAUACA